AUGUCUUCAAUCAACAAUGACUACACACCACUCAACGGACCGGGAGGCAUGCCACGGCGUCCCAUAUCUACAGUGCCUCGACAAAGAACUUACAGUAGACAGAACAGCGAAGAGAGUAGCACAAGGAGAAGGCCUCUCCACCCAGCCGAGAAAAAAGCAGCCCAACUACGGUUACCUCAAAGUAGUUUCGAGAAAAAAUCAUCCAAUCCUCACCAUGCUAUGCAAGCACUACGGCGACUCUCAAGAGCAGACUUCAGUUCAAUCCGUCGUGCCAGUAAGUUAAAAUAGGUUUAUUCCAACCCGAAAUCAUCUUUCAGGACUAAGAGGACACUUAAAUUACAAGCAAAUCGGCCAUCGCUUUGGUCGACAAUCUACAAUUCACGGCAUCAGUCACGCUGCUACAGCGCCUACCAAAAAGUGUGCCUGGUUGUGGAUUGCUGCCUUCAUAAUAUGUUUUAUUGCUCUUAUAAUUCAAAUCAUUUUCCUUAUUAACAAGUACACACGUUACGACAAAACAGUAGACCUUGAUGUAAGUUUUUAGAAACAUUUCCAAUUUCCUUCGUAUUUUUACUCAUUUAUCUUAUUUAAAUUUCAAACAUUUGAAUGCAACUUUUUGUGAGUAAAAGACCAACUAGUUAAACCGCUUAACAUAAAAUAUCAUCUUCCAGCUCAAAUUCGAAAACGCACCGUUCCCUUCUGUCACAUUAUGUAAUUUAAAUCCGUACAAGGCCAGUAAGAUAAGUGGAGAUCCCUCAACGAAAGCAAUGGUAAGAUAAACAACGGCUUUACAUUACUUUUCAGAUGUCCACUUUUCAAAACCUACUCUCAAACAGUGGCCGAGCAGACGGGAUAGCAGCCGUGAUCGCUCAAACAAGUAAGUUCAACUCCACCCAAUACUGUUCUUUGCAGAAGAACGGCGAAGGCUACGCCGCCAACUGAAUGGAACGGUUUCUGAAGAUAGACGAUACCUACAAGUUUAUGCCCAAUGCUACUGCGAGAUCAACAGGCUUUCUGGGGAGCGUCGGUCGGGUAGUUGUUUUGGAGUUCACAAAGGUAAAAUAGCAUUGAACUUCAUCGACAAUAACCUUCACAACUUUCAUCCGACCAAAUGUCUAUGUCAACUUGAUUGGACUUCAAAAGCACUGUGGCCCUGCUUUCCGUGUAAGAAUAUCAUAAUUCAAUGUUUUGGUUUUGCCGUUACUCAUAUUUGAUACCUCAAUUUUUCAGACAGCACAUGGAAAGAAAAGAUUUGCACAGAAUGUGUGCCGGAUCUAGGACAUUGUCCGAUGCGUUUUUACAACGGCAAACAAGAAAAGAAGAAGCUACAAGGAGACGUGGACAUUUGUUUGUGCCACAAGGAAUAUAACCAUUGCAUAGCUAACAAUGAGAACGGUGAAAUCCCAGAGAUCCUGCCAACCUUUGAUGUCGAGACCAUGAACUUCACUCAAGCAUUUAUUACAGCUAAACCCAAAAAACUAGAAGCCACUACUACGACAACAACCGAAGCUCCAGAAAUCAAGCAGGCUCUUGGAUACGAAGUAAUUAAAAGAAAAGUAUAAUUUCACUAUAUUUUAGGAACUAAAAAAUGACAUUUCCAUCGCCACACAAGCCAGGGAAAACAUAAAGUUCGCCGUCGGAGAAAAGAAUGAAUCGGCAAAGGUACAAAUGUCGCAAGAAUUAAAUGAACUAAUAAUGGAGUGCACGUUCAAUCAAAAGGAUUGUGACAUAGAAAAGUAAGACAUACUUCACAGUACAGUUGUGAUUUUAUUGUGUUUAAUUAUAAUUGAACCUUUGAAGGGAUUUCAACCGAAUACACGACGCUACCUUCGGAAAUUGCUAUACGUUCAAUUGGAAUAGAACCAGAACGGUUACUGCUCACAGAGCUGGUGCAAAUUUCGGUAAUAAAAAAAAACUUUUAUAAACGAACUUGUUCAGGAUUACGCGUUCUACUGUAUGCUAAUGUGUCAGAAUACCUGCCGACAACAGAAGCCGUAGGAUUCAGAAUCACUGUCCAUGACAAAUGGGUGGUUCCCUUUCCUGAUGCUUUUGGACACACCGCUCCAACAGGGUUUAUGUCAUCUUUUGGUGUGCGUAUGGUAAGUAAACAUUAGAGAUAACAACCCCUUUCAGAAACAAUUUUACCGUAUAUCAAAACCUCACGGAUCCUGUGCAGAUGGUGGUGAAGAAGCUGAGACUUACGUCUACAAAAACUACAAAUACUCAGUGGAAGGAUGCCACAGAAGUUGCACACAACAUAAAGUAAUCAGUACUUGUGGAUGUGCUGAUCCCAGCUAUCCAAUUCCUGAGUCAUCAACCAUGUGCAAGAUGACUGACCCCAUUGCCAGAGAAUGCAUUAAGAAUACGACUCAAUAUAUGGGCCGACUCAUUGCUGAACAAAACGUUUGUGACUGUCACCAACCAUGCAGGUAAAUUUAUCAGCGAAAAUUGUUGAAGACAGACAACUGGAUUCAAAAUUACAAUAUUAAAAUAAUAUUUUAGCGAAUUGGGUUACGAAGUCUCGUACUCUGCUGCUCGAUGGCCGUCUGGCACAACCAAGCUUCGUGAAUGUCAGCUAGGAGACGACAUGUGUAUGGAGAAAUACAGAAAGAACGCGGCUAUGAUUCAAAUAUUCUUUGAAGAACUUAACUUCGAAACGCUGACAGAAAGCCCCGCAUACACAGUAAGUAUUACUCAUUUAACACAUCACUGAUUUUAGUGGAUGAGUUGUCUGGCCGAUCUUGGAGGUAUGUUAGGAUUGUGGAUUGGCGCCUCGGUGGUUUCUGUUCUGGAAAUUGUAGCUUUGGCCUUCUAUGUGGCACAAGCAUACGUGCGACAAAGGAAGAAGUCAACCUCCACUCUGGCUUCAAUUAGAAACAAGAGUGUAACCAAAAAGAUAUCGUUGCAAUCGCAGCAAUCUUCGCUUGUUUAUCGACCACGGACACCGACUCCAUCAACAACAAAGUCAAGGUUGUCGCUUCUGAACGAUGACCCAGACCCAGAACCACUCAAGUUGGAAGCCGGACAGGAUGAACAAGAGCCCGAGCCUUCAGACGAUGCUCAUUCCAAAAGCUCUUACCCAUAUUGGCCACCUGGCCAAGAUCUACCGUGCACUUGUCUGUACAAUUCAAAUGGAAACAUAAUCUCCAUGAAAGCAUUAUGUCCAGAACACGGGUAACACAGCAUUUAAGUUUUGCUUCUUAAUAGACGUGCAUUGGACAUCAAAUCAAAAUGGUUAAUCAUUUUCAGGUACAUGGUUCGACGAGGCACCAUGUUCAGUUGCGGAGAAGGUGAAGACGAAGACCGUGACGAAAAACCAGAUGAAGAGGACGUAACUCCAGAAGAAGAGCAGAUGCAAGAAGCAAUAGACGUGCUACAAGCCAACCUGUACAACCUAAACAAGGAACGGGAACUGUCCAGACAAAAGUCACAGGAUUCAUAA